GCACCCUGCCCGCACCCUGCCAGCCCGGCGCCAUGCCGAGGGGGCGGCUGUCAGGGGGCGCCUGGGGGGCCCUGGUGCUGCUGGGGCUGAUGCUGCCGGCCGGCGCUUGGUACAAGCACGUCGCCAGCCCCCGGUACCACACGGUGGGGCGCGCCUCGGGGCUGCUCAUGGGGGUCCGCCGCUCCCCCUACCUCUGGCGCCGGGAGCUGCCGGCCGAGCCCCCCCGGCGCCCCGGGGCAGACACCCCCGCCGCCCCCCCGCCGCCCCCGGGCCGCCCCGUCGGGGACACGCCGCCGGCCGCCCCGCCGCCGCCCGGUCCCGGCCGCCUCCUGCAGCGCCUGCUCCGGCGGGGCUGGGGGCCCCGCGGGGGUCCCCGCCCGGCCCCCGCCCGCGCCCCACCCGCGCCCCGCCGAGCUCAGCUUCUCCCGCUUGAAGACGUGGCUCUGAUCCGCUGAAGGGGCCCGGCAGAGAUGCUUCAAGCGGCGGAGGAGCAUUGACUGCCCAAGGUGGAAACCAUUCACCCUAGCUGGCGAGGAAGACUCUCAUCGGCAGAUCUCCCGGUACUCUGACCUCUCUGAAACCAUACAGACAAUUGCAUUCCAAAAAAAUUCUAAUUUUUCAUGGCCGCUGUCCAGAUGCAGUGGUAAAUUCAUCUUGUUUUCAGGUCAACCUAGUGCUAUAAACUUGGGGAGAAAUAAACAGGGAAGAUAUUUAUUUUUGUUUAUUUUUUUUAGAUUUCUGUACUAGCUUGUUUGCAAUAUGAUACAAACGUACUGUUUGCUUCCUAGGAACCUGCCCUCAUUAAAAUGAGAAUCG